AUGGAUGUGGUGGGAAAAGAGGUUGCUCUGAAAGAUGAGAAUAUUAAAAUUACAAAUACUUUACGUUAUUGUGCUAGUCAUCUUAAGGAUUGUUCUUAUUUUGCCCUUUGGCCACUUCAACAUCAAAAACGUAUAGCAAUAUCUAAUAUAGAUGAAGAAGAUGAGGAGGAUUCAAUUUCAACAACAUCAACUCACUCUUCUAAUUCAUUAUCAACGUCUAAUAAUAUUUUAGGAUCCCUUUUACAAAAACAAACAACAUUAUCUCAAUAUAUUGACAAAACUGGCCUGCAAAAUGAAUAUAUUAUUAACAGAGAUCUUGAAACAAGUACUUACAAACUGAAUACUAUUGUAAAUAAUGGCCUGAAUAAUGAGGACUCAAGAAAUAGUUUGAAUAGUGAUCUGGUUAAGAUGAACAAUGAUCAGAACAAGAACGAACUUAAUAAUGAACUGAUUAACAACAUGAAUAAUGAACACUUAAAAAUUGAUCUGAAUGAUAAUAUGAAUAGCAUUCUGAAUAAUAAUAUAAGUGGUGACUUGAAAUCCAAUAUGAAUGACUAUAUGAGCAACAACCUGAAUAAUGAAGUGAAUGAUGAUAUAAGCAGCAACCUAAACGAUGAUAUAAGCAGCAACCUGAAUGAUGAUAUAGGCAGCAACCUGAACGAUGAUAAGGGCAGCAACCUGAACAAUAACAUAAGCAGCAACCUGAACGACAAUAUGAGCAGCAACCCAAAUGACAAUAUUAACAGCAACUUAAAUGGUAAUAAGAAUAGUGAUCUAAGCUACAAAAACUUUGAUGAUAGUCUGAAAAAUUACCUAGAAA